AUGGGUCAAGGUGCUUCGAGUUAUGGAAAGGGUCAAAGAAACAAGAAAGAUAAGAAACAAAACCCAAAAUAUGAGCCGCCAGUUCAAUCUAAGAUCGGGAGGAAGAAGAGAAGAGGCCCAGCAACAGCAGAGAAGCUGCCCAAUAUCUAUCCUAGUACUAGAUGUAAGUUAAAAUUGCUAAGAAUGGAAAGGAUUAAGGAUCAUUUGUUACUUGAAGAGGAAUUUGUCACCAAUUCGGAGAUCUUAAAACCAUUUGAGAUGAAGCAAGAGGAGGAAAGAAAACAACUCGAAGAAAUUCGUGGUACUCCGCUAUCAAUUGGGACCCUAGAAGAAAUUAUUGAUGAUGACCACGCUAUCGUUACCAGUCCAACAACUCCUGAUUUCUACGUUAGCAUUCUGUCGUUUGUUGACAAGGAAUUGCUGGAACCCGGUUGUGCGGUGCUUCUACAUCACAAGACUAUGUCGAUAGUUGGUGUGCUGCAAGAUGACACCGAUCCUAUGGUUUCUGUAAUGAAGAUUGAUAAAUCGCCUACGGAAUCAUACAAUGAUAUUGGUGGCUUAGAAGCUCAGAUCCAAGAAAUCAAAGAGGCGGUUGAAUUACCAUUAACACAUCCUGAACUAUACGAAGAAAUGGGUAUAAAACCACCCAAGGGUGUGAUCUUAUAUGGUGCUCCAGGUACUGGUAAAACCCUAUUGGCCAAGGCGGUUGCCAAUCAAACAUCAGCUACAUUUUUAAGGAUUGUUGGCUCAGAGCUAAUCCAGAAAUACCUAGGUGACGGUCCAAGGUUAUGCAGGCAAAUUUUUAAAGUUGCGGCUGAAAAUGCGCCAAGUAUUGUGUUUAUUGACGAAAUUGAUGCCAUUGGCACCAAAAGAUAUGAUUCCAACAGUGGUGGUGAAAGAGAAAUCCAAAGAACUAUGCUAGAACUAUUAAACCAGUUAGACGGUUUUGAUGAUAGAGGAGAUGUGAAAGUUAUUAUGGCUACGAAUAAAAUCGAAAGUCUUGAUCCGGCCCUAAUUAGACCGGGUAGAAUUGACAGAAAGAUUCUGUUUGAGAACCCAGAUAUUGCAACGAAGAGAAAGAUCUUGGGUAUUCACACAUCAAAGAUGAAUCUGAGUUCGGACGUCGAUCUAGAAAACUUAGUUACAUCCAAGGAUGAUCUAUCAGGUGCCGAUAUUAAAGCAAUGUGUACGGAAGCUGGUCUAUUAGCGUUAAGAGAAAGAAGAAUGCAAGUUACCGUAGAGGAUUUCAACCAGGCGAAGGAGCGUGUUAUGAAGAAUAAGGUUGAGGAAAAUUUGGAAGGUUUGUACUUGUGA